AUGUCAGGGCCUCUUACACUAAUAUCGAAAGCGUUUGAACUCUCACUACCUCAAAAUGAACAGCGUGUGUUGCCUUGCUCAGAGGCAAUGUGCGAGAGAUUGGAACAAAAUUAUCGUCGCGUUUUGGAGGCCAAUUCCUGGGGAGAACAAUUUCUUGUUACCGAUGAGACUGCACCUUCAGGUCAAUGCACUUGCAUAUUUCAUAAUUCUAAGCUUAUGCUACAAUACCAUAAGGAGAGUGAAAGUGCCUCAGAAACCUACUCAGAUUGCGCCUAUCUUCAUCGUGGUUUGAGAGACGAUUUGGCUUCCCAAUUGCCACCUUCUGAUGACCGUCCAAUUAAGCAUGUCGUCUUCGUCGUUCAUGGAAUAGGAUCCGUUUACAACAUGCGUGGAGAGGGUCUCAUCUCUUGUGUCAAUGAUAUGCGGAAAACAGCUUCAGCUCUCUUGGAAUCACAUUUCAAGGAUAGGCCUGAGAUUGGUCGAGUGGAAUUCCUUCCAGUUCGUUGGUACUGUUCGCUUCACUCCGAAGAAAUUGGUGUCAAUAGGCGUCUUAAGCGUGUGACCCUUCGUAGCAUUCCAAAACUCCGUGGUUAUACCAAUGAGACGCUGAUUGAUAUCCUUUUCUACACCAGUCCCAAGUACUGUCAGCAUAUCGUCGAUACUGUUGCCAACACUAUUAAACAAUUGCGAAAACUCUUCCUGAAACGCAAUCCGGAUUAUAGCGGUGACUUCUCGGUGGCUGGCCACAGUUUGGGCUCCGUGGUAGUAUUUGAUCUUCUCUCCCAUCAACGUCGUACACCUUCCAGUACACCAUCAGUCAAAUCUACCAAUGGAGGUGCAGAUGACGAUGAAUGGUCAUUGAUUGACUCCAAUUCUAAUGGUGGCAAUGCCGGCAAUAGCAACGCUGAUCUGAUAAAUCAUCUCCAGAUAUCUACAGACCUAUCUGAAGGACAGAUUCGUCAAGUUAUCAACGCACUCACCUCGAUGAAUAAGACUUCGGAGGUGGUAGCUCACUCUGCGGGCGUUGGUCUUCCAGUUGUUAACUAUCCCCAGCUGGGAUUCACUUUCAAUACAUGCUUCUUACUUGGAUCUCCCCUCUCACUAUUUCUUAUUGCAAGGGGUGUAGAACGUCUUCCUUCGGAUUUCCGUCUUCCUACUUGUCAGGGAUGUGUCAACAUCUUUCACCCAUUCGACCCUGUCGCUUAUAGAUUGGAAAAUCUUGUGGUGCCUGAUUACAGACCAUGUGCGGUACUAAUGCCUCAUCACGCUGGACGAAAACGUCUUCAUCUUGAACUCAAGGAUAACAUCGCUCGAGUUGGCGCCGAUAUCACGUCAAAGCUCUACCAGUCUCUCAAAUCCACCUGGCGCUCUCUCCAAGAAUUCGCCUCAGCGCAUACCUCGUCCGGAGCAUCUAAAUCGCAGGAAGACGAUUCAACAAACAUGAGUGAAGACGAGAAGGAUUCGGAAGCAAUCAAAAGAGUUCUUUCCCGUCUUGCCGAUAAUAUUUCUUCACCCAAAUCGGAAGAUGAUUUUGACUACGACGGUGAGGAAGAGGAAGUUGACCAAGACUCAUUUCCAUGUCAAUUGAAUCAAUGCAAACGUCUAGACUAUGUGCUCCAAUGA